CUUAUCAAACUUAAGCCUUCCACUCGUCACUCUCUGAAACCCCAACAUGUCCUCUCUUUUCCAUCCAUCUCUGUCCCUCUCCUUCCAAACCCUAACCCUAGUUUCCCCAAAUGUCAAAACCCACAAUCCCAAUCCAACCCUCAACCAGUUUAUCAUCCUCUUCCCAUUCUGCCCUCCAAAUGCUUGUCAAAUUGCGUCACCCAGUCCUACCCGCCAAACACAACAAACUCUCUUUCAAAAUCCUCUGUUCUUCACAACCCUCAAACCCUUCUUCCGAUCAAACCUUUACCCUUAAGUCGAUUCUUCUUGCAAUACCCAAUUGGGCCGAUAGCAUAAAAGAGAGGCGUAUGCAACAGAAGAGGUCCUUGUAUGAUCAUGAGCAGUGGUUACAGCAUAGAAGUUCUUCAAGACAUAUAAGGCAUUUUUUGUCGAGUCUGAAUUCGCGGGUGAUUCUAUCGUUGGUUCCUCCAGUGAUCGUGUUUACAUCAGUGGCAGUGAUUAUUGCUAGUUAUAAUUCUGCAGUUUCAAUGCAUUGGUUGCCAGAGUUUUUUCCUGUUUUGAGAUCUUCUUCAUUGCCUUAUCAGUUGACAGCGCCCGCACUGGCACUUUUGCUAGUGUUUAGAACAGAAGCGUCGUAUUCAAGGUUUGAAGAAGGGAGAAAAGCUUGGACAAAGGUGAUUUCAGGGACUAAUGACUUUGCCAGGCAAGUGAUUGCCAUCAGUGUGGAGAGUCCGAGUGAUGCAUUGCUAAAGAAGGCACUGUUGCAGUACAUCGUGGCAUUUCCAGUUGCCCUUAAGUGCCACUUGAUUUAUGGCUCAGAUAUUGCGGGGGACCUUAAAAAUUUGCUUGAAGUUGAUGAUCUUGCAGUAGUUCUCAGUUCAAAGCAUAGACCUCUUUGCAUCAUUGAGUUCAUCUCUCAAAGCCUUCAGAUGCUAAAUUUGGAGUCGUCAAAGUGGAAUGUGUUGGAAUCGAAGAUCUCUUGUUUCCAUGAAGGUAUUGGAGUUUGCGAGCAGCUCAUCAGUACACCUAUCCCUCUGUCAUACACUCGCUUGACUUCAAGGUUUUUGGUCCUAUGGCACCUCACACUUCCCAUUAUACUUUGGGAGGAUUGCAAAUGGAUUGUGGUUCCUGCCACUUUUAUCAGUGCCGCUUCUUUGUUUUGCAUUGAAGAGGUGGGUGUUCUUAUAGAGGAACCCUUUCCUAUGCUGGCACUUGACGAACUGUGCAAGCUGGUUCACAACAGCAUCCAGGAAGCUAUAACUAAUGAGAAAAAGAUUCAAGCACAACUUAAUGCAAAGAGAAAGAGUCAUUGUAGUGAGCAUUCACCAAAUGGUCGGCCUACCAUUUAAGUGGGCAUUAAGCUUUGGGUUAUAAAGAUCAAUAGAAGAUGUAUAUGUAUCUCCAAUCAACGUGUAUUAGUAUAAGGUUUUGCAGCCUCUGUAAUCAAAGACGUUCAAAUUGUGAGCCAAGUGUUUCCAAAUUUGUAAAGAUAAACUGGUUUACACGCGAGGGCCUGUGUCAGGUUCGUAUCUGUAUAUAAUAGAAUAUUGCUCUCAGAAAGUAUAGUCUUA